AUGGCUGAUGUGCCACUUUUAGCAAAUGUUUUAGCUUAUACGGCGGGGAAAUGGACUCGCGACAAGGUUGAUCUUCUUCACGUCAGCGCGUCCUCUGCACACCCACGUCUCCGCCGCAUCGCUAACACUGAACCAGAAUCCUAUUUUGCCCGAAAGGACGGAAAAUGGUACAAAGGGGAGGAAAAGGGCGAUGAGAUCAAAGUGUCGGACCGGAGGGAGAUCCUCCAGCCCUUUGGCGCGCCCGACUUUCUUACAAAUCAGAUGUGUACAGACCUCAAUGGCUAUUUUGGCAGCAAGAGCUCGUUCGACAACGGGGAAAAACUGGUGGAGCUUAGCACCUGGUUUCGAUGCUUGGUCAAGAAAGUUUUGCGAUCUGGGGAGGAACUGACACCCGAUGGCAAAUCAUACUUGUGGUACGAAAUGGGCUUCUUCACGCGCUGGCGCCAUCAUCCCCAUGGCUGCAGAGUCCUCUGCAUCGACACGCCCGUAGAGCUGCGUUUGAAGCUCGAGGAAGUCCUGCAAGUGUCACCUCCACCUGAGCUGCGCGACCCUUUCGCCAUGCUUCGCCCGCUUUUCGACCAGAUUAUCGAUCUCUACGACGAUAGUAUCUGGAGGGUGCGAGACCAAGUCCGGUUUAUUGAGAAGAAUAGACUCACCCCCAAAACCAACUUCGUAAACAUGCACGAAAUCGCACGGCACACGGGCCACGUUUUGGAGGUUGAAGAAGCUGCCAUCCAGACGAUGAAGAGCUUACUUCGGCGGCAGGAGAUGUUUGAUAAAACCCUGCCUGUGGCCCUCAACAAGACAUAUCAGGAACAGGCGCAGGAGGAGUGGCACUUCCAGAUUCAGGCGAUGAAUGCCUUGAAGUUGCGCUGCUUGUCGAACCAAGAAAGACUCAGCGCAGAAAUCGCUCUGGCAUUCAACAUGAUUGCUAGCCAGGACAACAUGGUCAUGAAAUCGAUUGCUCUCCUAACUAUGACGGUCCUGCCUGCCACUUUCGUCUCUGUAGGCGCUGUUCAGCACAACAUUUUUCACCUUUGGCGUGGAACAAUGGCAGCUCUCCAAGCAGUUUUGGAUAUAUUGGGCAGUUGUGAUCCCGCUGACCAUGGUGGUCCUUUACAUGUGCCGGGGAUGGCUCAAGUACACCAAGUCUUCGUGGUGGAAGCCGCACGAAGUAAAGAAGAAGGUGGUUAG